UCGCUUCUACAGUCGGUCUAGACGGUUAUCUCUCCGUCCCAUUCUCGUGUUGUGUUGGCGUGGUUGAUUGUGUUGGAAAUUGGGUCGAGUUCAGCUUUCCAUGAAGUUCAAAUUUUGAGCUUCUAUGUGUUUGGCUGAGAAAUAGUUCGUGAAAAUUUAAGUGGGCUCGUUCUUUUGCUUUUCCUGGAACGACGGUUCGAGGGAACAGUUUUUUGUUGAUGCAAACUGCUGGGGGAGCCUUUGCAACGAUUGAGCUUCAUAAUUUUCGUUAUUACGCUGCAUUUUAGAAGUCUCCGCUGGUUGUGUUAUUCUGAAUCUCUGAUGGAGACAUAUAGAUGUGGAUGCUAAUUUGGUGUGCAGUUCUUGUGGAGAUGGGCUGUUUGGAAACUUGGUUUAACCAUUGAAAUGGACUUGGUUCCAGGAGAUCAGUGGCCAAAGACGGACUGGGUUGGCUUUGUCAAGCGUUUGUGACUUCUGUUUAGGCGCUGAUUGUUUAUGCUAUUACUCUUAAAAUGAACACAACAAUGGCUACUAUGGGCACCAUUCAUUCUGUUUUGGCGAAGAUAGGGCUUGUAAGCGCGUCUGAUCAUGCCUCCGUUGUUUCGAUCAACAUCUUUGUUACCCUACUUUGUGCCUGCAUUGUCAUUGGCCACCUGCUCGAAGAGAAUAGAUGGAUGAAUGAAUCAAUUACCGCCCUUGCUAUUGGGUUGUGUACUGGAAUUAUUAUUCUGCUGACCACCAAAGGAAGAAGCUCGCAUAUUCUGGUCUUCAGUGAGGAUCUUUUCUUUAUUUAUCUUCUUCCGCCAAUCAUAUUCAAUGCAGGGUUUCAGGUUAAAAAGAAGCAAUUUUUUCGUAACUUCAUGACCAUUAUACUCUUUGGCGCAUUUGGGACAUUGAUAUCUUUUGCCGUUAUCUCUGUUGGGGCACUACUGUUGUUCAGGAAGUAUGAUAUCGCUCUCUUGGAUAUUGGAGACUACCUUGCAACUGGAGCAAUCUUUUCUGCAACAGAUUCUGUUUGCACUUUGCAGGUCCUUAACCAGGAUGAGACUCCUUUACUGUAUAGCCUGGUUUUUGGUGAAGGUGUGGUGAAUGAUGCCACUUCAGUUGUGCUGUUUAAUGCCAUCCAGAGCUUUGACCUUAAUCACAUCAAUUCUACCACUGCUUGGCAGUUGAUGCUGAACUUCCUUUAUUUGUUCGUGACGAGCACUCUCCUUGGAGUAGUUGCAGGGCUUCUAAGUGCAUAUAUAAUAAAAAAGUUAUAUUUCGGAAGGCAUUCCACAGAUCGUGAAGUUGCAUUAAUGAUACUGAUGGCGUAUCUGUCAUAUAUACUAGCUGAAUUUUUUAAUCUAAGCGCCAUUCUCACUGUUUUCUUUUGUGGAAUUGUGAUGUCUCAUUAUACUUGGCAUAACGUAACAGAGGCUUCACGAGUUACCACCAAGCAUGCAUUUGCGACAAUGUCCUUCAUUGCUGAGACAUUUAUCUUCCUAUAUGUUGGUAUGGAUGCAUUGGACAUUGAAAAGUGGAAACUUGUUAAGAGCAGUCCAGGAAAGUCAGUCGGCCUCAGUUCAAUGCUGCUAGGAUUGGUUAUGUUGGGCAGAGCUGCUUUUGUGUUUCCAUUAUCAUUCUUGAACAAUUUAACCAAAAAAACACCAAGUGAAAAGAUCAACUUCAAGCAGCAAGUUACAAUUUGGUGGGCUGGUCUAAUGCGUGGAGCAGUCUCCAUGGCACUUGCUUAUAAUCAGUUCACCCGAUCUGGCCAUACUCAGUUGCAUGGAAAUGCAAUUAUGAUCACUUGUACCAUAACAGUAGUCCUUUUCAGCACAGUGGUAUUUGGCCUCUUGACAAAGCCAUUGAUUAGGCUUUUGCUACCCCAAAGUUCAAGAACAAUGAAUGGUAUACCUUCGGAGCCAUCAAGUCCAAAAUCAUUCCUUAUUCCAUUCCUUGAAGACAAUCCCAGUUCUGAAGCAAGUCCGCUGAGUCUUAGGAGGCCAACCAGCCUACGCUUGCUUUUGACGAAGCCAACACAUACUGUGCACUACUACUGGCGUAAAUUUGAUGAUGCUUAUAUGCGUCCUAUGUUUGGAGGACGUGGCUUUGCGCCAUUCGUACCUGGCUCUCCAACAGAAGAGAGCAGCAAUCACCAUAAUAAUUUUUUCCACUGAGGAAAGUGUAGAUGUCCACAUAUUUUUGUUGUUGGGUGCCUUGGCGUGUUGUUGGUGUGUGAUGGGCUCCGUUGAUAUGGUAUCAGCGAGGAGCUAUAAGUUUUGGUCGUCAGAACCAGUUAAUUUAUUUUUUUUCUAUAGCUCUCUGUAAAAAUGCCUGUAUGGUACAUGUAUAUUUCUUUCACUUUUUUUUCUUUUUCAUAUUUUGAAAUAUCGAAUGAGGUGGCGCUUCCAGAAGUUGUGUAGAGAGCAGUAUGUAGUUUGUAAAAUCAUGGUGAGUGCAUCUGCACUUUUGAACAUUGCAAUCUAUUUCUAAGCAUGUAUAUUUGUUUCCCGUGCA